AUGUCUGUCAUUGAUCCAUGCUGGUUUGACGAGUCUUGCUUUGAAGAACUAAGCCGUCAGAAGCUAUUCGACCUUAAGAGAUACCUCAUAAAGCGUCGAAACUAUAUCGAUGAACAAACUGGGCAGAUUGUCUUCUUGAACAAGGUUCCUAGAAGAAUCUUGAACGCUCUUUCGAAGAAUCAUGUCAACAUUGAAACCACAGACUAUCGUACAGUGGCGUGUGAUGCUAUGGCUGUGUGGUUGUCUAGAGCAUCUCAAUUAGUGUAUUCACAGAAGUCAGCCACGAGGAUUCGAUACGCCCAGGAAUUGAGCUCGUUUGUUUCCACCGAUACAGCAGACUCGCUUCUCCAUUAUGUCAUUGACUUUUGGACGGAUUCAGGAUCUCCUCUUGGAAAUGCUCUGAAAGAAAUGUUCAUCAAGUUGAUGAGCUUCAUUACGGCCACUGAAGAUGAUCAGUUUAGGAAACAGCUAUUUCAAAAGUGGACUUUAGAGGCUUUGCAAAUUCCUUAUUCGAUGAGAGUCUUUUAUUUUCUGAUAGAGCAUCUCUAUAAGCAGGUUGAGCCUGCUGAUUUUAUUCUCCAAAAGAGACCAACCUUUGUUAGAGACUCAUUAGAAUACAUAUGGUCAAGCUCUUUGGCUACAAAUGUUGGCAAGGCCAUAGUUAUGGUGCUUAGAAACAUGUAUAGCAGUGAGAAUGAAUCCGAAUGGAUGGAUUGCUGGUGCGAUGAUCUAAUCAUUAGUCUCAAGAACCUCCAGUUAAGACAAGGUAUAGAAACUUACCUUUUACCUCAACUUUUCAAGAUCUCAAAGACUGCCACAGAGGCAUUUCUCAAGCGAGUCAAUUCUGAGAAUGAUAUCACCAUGCUACUAGGCUGUCUUACCGUUGCACAAUCUACUUCUAUCAUUAUAGAGCCAUUUGAUGGCGAGAAUCCCCUUCUUUCCUUGCAUACUGUGGAAAGCCUGCUGAUUCAGGACGAUGAGUAUUUCAAAGUCACUGCAUUUUCCUUACUAGUGAGUUGUCCCAAGCAUUCUAGUCCCAUCAAACCCUAUUUAUAUGAUCUUAUUAGCUCCUGCCUGGAUGCAUUGUUUUCAGAAAUGAACGUGGAAACUAGAAAUAAGAUGUUUUCUCUGCUAAAGAAGUUCAUUUUGAGAAUUAGAGACUCUACUCAUAAAUUACAAAGGGACUAUAAAAAUAUGGAGUCAAAGGAUCCUGAGCGGUUCGUAGAAGAAAUCGAAUCGAAAAAGCAUGACAUUGAGUUGGGCCGGCAGUUCUUACAGAAUCUGCUGGACUUUUCGGUGUUUAAUUUGAAGCCUGGGUCUUCACACCAGCGGAAGGCUUUUGCCUUUAUGGUAUUGCUUGCUCUUAUUCAUUCUGGAUUGGACUCAAGAGUGAGAGAGGAGCAUCAUGAUAAGUUUAAAGUUGUUCAUUAUCCGUUUGAUGUUGCAGUCUAUUCUUCAUAUUUACUGCGAGUUAUGAUCGACAAUAUCUCCGAUGAUUACGAGGAUAACAGGAAUAGUGCUGUGAAUGUCCUUUCUAUAUCCCCCCUUUCUCUGACCAACACCGAUUUGAAGCUUGCCAAAGUUAGAGCAUUACAGCUGUUGGCAGAUCUCAAAGGUAAAAACGUUGAUUCUGGAGCACGUUUCUUUUGUUUCUUGUUUCAGUUGUAUCAGAAUAAUAACGAGAAGGACUCCUGUCGAGAACUUCUUUCGAGCUUGAACGACCACUUGGCACAAGGAAUCGCCAUAGCCAAGAGCGAUAUUGCUUCUGCAUGUUUUAAAUAUAGCAUUCAGGGGUAUUUUGCUGCCUUUAAGCUUAUUAUUGAGAUAAUUGACUUUGAUAAAACUUUUCGGGAUGACAAAUUCAUGAUAGAUAUGCUCAAUAGACUUAUUUAUCAGGCUAUUGAUGGCUGGAAUGUAUCCAAAGGGGUAUUACAGCAUGAUUCUCCAGAGGGUAACUUACCCAAGGAGAUUGAGAAGAGUUACAGUCCAGAGCUGGAAGCUACAUAUGGUAAGGGAACUCAGAUAAUAUCCAGUUAUGCUUGGAGAACGCUGAAAGAGUCCACCGGUAUGCUCGAAAUUGCCAUAAUCAACGCACCGCUCAAUAAGGAGCAGCUAUUAAAGAUUGGACCUCUCCUAAUGAAACAGCUUGCCACUAUUCGUCAUAGAGGUGCAUUCUCAGCUGUUUAUCCAACAUUUGUGGCCUGCUGCUUGCGAUGUCAUAAAACACCAGAGAUUUCUCUAGUAACUAGGGAUUGGUUGAAAUCCAAUUUACAACUGAUUACCGAAAAAUCCAACUUCAUCACCCGUCGAUCCGCUGGCAUUCCUUUCCUUAUUAACGGUAUUCUUACUGCUGAUCCUGAACUGGCUGGGCCUACAUUCGACAAGUUAAUGGUUAUAGCCCAAGAACCGGCAGAUGCUGACCAAACUAUGGAAAACGUCAGCCUUCCUCAGGUGAACGCUUUCAAUUGCAUUAAAGCUUUCUUUGUAGACAAAGCAUUGUCGGAAGUUUCCGUGUUAUAUAUUGACAGAGCUAUGGAGUUGGCGCUACAAUCGUUUGAAUCACCAAUAUGGGCUAUAAGAAACUGUGCAGUGAUGCUUUUCACUGCCCUUGAGAACAGAAUGUUUUCAUCCAGGAAGCUUCGUAAUAAUUUCUUACCAACUUAUCCUGCAAAGCUUUUCUUUACGAAGUUUGGCUCCAUCAAGGAAACAUUUCUCAGAAACUUGCAACAGGCUAUUGAAUCAGGUCUCAGUGAUGCUCGUCAGGUGCAGAGAAUUUUCCCCAUUCUUACGAUUAUGGGUAGACUAGAUCCGACUCCAAACUACACGAGUUUGGAUGCCUUCCGCCCGUUGAUAUUGCAAUGCUUGUGCAGUAAGCAGUGGAAAGUGAGAGAGAUGGCAGCAAGAUCUCUUCCUGCUUUGCUCUCGUCGCAUAAAGCUUUGAGAUGGGAGCUUGCCGAAAGACUUUCUACUGUGACAUCAACUACUAAAGAUUUGAAUAUGGCCCAUGGUGCAUUGUUGGCAUCGAAGGAGUUGCUCUUCCGAUUGAGGGAAGGACUCUUUGGCUGGUCCAGAGAGGCCUCAUCAAUCGACCUGACGGCCCAGUCGAUGAUAUCAGAGGUGAAGAAAAUUGUCAUGUCGAAGUUAGAUGAUGUGCUAGCCAUCCCAUGCUACCCUAUUCAACUAGAAUACUUUAAAUUGGUUUCCACGUUUCAUGACUUAACUGACUAUGGCACUGAGCUUGAUUGUAUGCAGAACUGGUUGGCAGAUCACGUCAAUUUGGGCUCAAGAUUAAAUGGCGGCAAACAAUUGGCAGUGAGUGAAGCAUGUCAGAUAGUUUUAGAGCAUCGCUUGUCUCAGAAGACGAUUUUCCGAAUAGUUGUCAGUGAGUGUUUGUUAUCUGAAUUGUAUGAGGUCCAAAAAAGCGCUCUUACAUUUUGUGAGAACCAUGAGGAUGAGAUGACAGCUGAAGAAGCUAACGAUGUUGUAAGGUGUCUAUGGAAAUUGGUUCAACUGCCAGCUUGGACUUAUAUCAAAGCUCGUUCUUUGAAGCUCCUUAACGAGCUUUUGGUGAAGAAGGGAGUAACCUCUUCUCAGGGUUCUGAACUAGACAGGAUUAAACUAUUGAUGGCAUUAUUGUCGUCUUCAGAAUCUGCUAACAAGUUUCUCAAACUUGCCUGCAUUGAAGCGCUUGGACCACUGGUUGGUAAAAGUUUGGCACUAGAGAAAACUCCAGGAUUGGACUCUUUCUUUGUGAUAUGGCUUGAAAAGGUUAGGUUGUUGGUUGAUGAUGAUCUAGAAUACCCGGAGAGAAGUGCUGCAUUAAGAUCUUUGAUUGGUUUCAACACAAACUACUUUCAUGAUGAAAGAAGCAGCGAGAUUUCCAAAGAAGAAAUGAAAGUUGUGGCAUUGUUGUUUAGAUUCCUUAGUGAUGAUGAUCACGAGCUUCGUGAUUUGGUUUCUCAGCAUUUGUCUACUGUUGUUUUGGGACUCGAUUUCACUCUUGUUCCAGCAAUGACUGAGAAGAGAAUGGUUGAUUGGUUAAAGGGCAUUAUAGUGGCUAAUAAAGCACUUGUUGAACUUGUUUUCGACUCGUCCUGCUUUGUGUUUUUCAAUUAUAACCAGAAGUUUCGAGAUCUCUUUACUAAGGAUCUGUUAUUAUUCAAAUUUGAGAAGCAGAACUUGUAUAGAGAUGAGAUUAAUAGAGCAGAUCAGUUGAACCAGAUUCUUCUGGAAGUCGAAAUUGCACCUGAUUGUGAGGCUCUAACCACGUACGCUGAUGCUAUCGCACGCAAUGUCUCAGAUAUUACCAAUUGGAUUAUUAAGGAGCAUCCUGUAGAUGGAUGCCUAGGCUGGUCGUUGGACGAAGCUAAGAUGGAGUUUGUAUAUGAGAAUCUUCAAGGACUGUCUACUCUCAUUAAGAUAGGCAGGUUCCCGAAAAACAGCGAAUUGGUGGAGCAGACCAAAAAAGCCUUUACCAAUGCUGAGCUCCAGAUACACCCUCUACUUGUGAACACAGUUACCAGUAUGUAA